UGACAAUCUCUUCGAGCGCAAAAUCUACUGCAUAUCCACGCGUGUUAUUUACUACCUAGUUGAAGAUUGAUCGCGGGAAGGUUGUAGUAAGAGGUCAAUAGUUGGCCAUUAUGGAACGACCCGAGUCGACGACAGAGUCAACAGCGGAGUCAACGAUAGCGAUAUCCGAGGCAGAAAAGAGUUUUCCCAUACCGCCAAGAAUAAUACCAAGAACAACCGCAAACCUCCGGAAAACGCUUCCGCCAUUACCUCCGCCAACACCCUUACCAAAUGUCCCAGACUUUGGUACGCAACAAGAGGAGGACGUAAAUGCGAUUCGAGAGUCAUCCACUACAAGUGAUCUCGAGUCGUUGUUGACCGCGUUAGGAGGUAAUGGGAAAAAUGUGAGACUGACACUGGGGCCGUCAGAGAUUGAAGAGAAGCCCCCGAGGCCGAUAACGAAGGACUGGCCUAGACCAGGAACUGCGGCCACUACCGCUACGGUGGCGACUACGGCAACUGGGGCCUCAUAUUCGACGACGAGUUCCCAGCGGACCAUCAAGUACGGCACGGGGAAACAUGCAAAAGUCGAGCUUUCUCCACAACCUAGCGAAGACCCUGAAGAUCCUCUGAAUUGGCCGUUAUGGAAGAAACAUUUGAAUUUAGGCGCGCUCCUUUCUAUGGUCGCAUUAGUAGGGGUAAUGAAGACGGCGUAUAUCAGCGUGAACAGUGUCAUCGCGAUAGAGGAAAACGUGUCGUAUACGGCAGCGGUCGCCUUGACCGCUGUGCCGUUGAUGGUAUCUGCAAUUACCGGUUUGGCUUCCUUGAUAAUAGCGAAGAUAUGGGGUAAAAGGCCAGUAUAUCUGGUAUCAAUGGUAAUGCUAUUCAUUGGAGUGGUUUGGAACACUCGCGUAAGGGGAUGUUUGGCGCAGAACAUGGUCGCGAGAAUAUUCCAGGGAUUGGGAUGGGGUGCAUUCGACACUUUGGUCUUGGGCUCGAUCCAGGAUACGUAUUUUGAACAUGAACGACAACCAAUGAUCAUAAUUCAUUAUACCGUCUCGAUCGCCACCAUGCUAGGUUCUCCCCUACUUGGCGGUACUGCGUCUGCUGGUCCUAGGGGCUUCGAGCUGCAAUUCGAGAUCAUGAGUGCCUUCCUAUCGCUUUCAAUUUUAUUGCUAGUCUUUGGAGCCCCUGAGACAACUUACGACCGCACAGUGGACGAUACACAGCCGCCCACCAUCGAACGUUCUCAAGCCUUAUGGCCAACAGUAACAUAUACAAAAGAAGCUGCUGUAGAAUACGUCACUAAGAUGAAGCCUUGGGCGUACCAGGCAAGUGAAAUCAGCAUACCCUUGAUCUUACAGGCUCCCAGAGCUAUGCUUGCUCCGACCACUGUCCUUCUUUUUACCCUCACACUCCUGCCAUACGCCGGCUUCUGGGGCCUAGCAAGCUCACUCUCGCUACUUUUCUCUCCACUCCCUUUCAUGCUGCCCUCGGCACCCCUUGGCACUCUUAUGACAGGGCCGUUUCUACUCGCUACUCCUGUAGCCGUAGCGCUUGCUUCGUCCAUAUUUCAGAUGCGCUUCAGACCGAUCGUCCAUCUAGUAACUCUUGCUGUCGGUACCGGUGUCGCUUCAAUUGGUAUGCUCGGAUUUGGACUGUACCUUGCGGGAUCAAUGGAGAUGCCGACAGAUGGCUCGGCCAAACCAUUCAGCACGCCAUGGGACUUAGGGCUAAACCGGGUCAGUCUGCCAGUCGCGUCUUUCCUGCUUGGGCUUCUGGCAGCAGGGUCUCUCGCGCUCGACGCCACCAUUCGACCGAUCAUCCAAAGAUCUACGGCUUUUACCUCGGCCAAUCUUGCGGUUGGUCUACGCAAUACGGCCGACAUGCACGGCGGUCUAACAUGUUUACGGCACUUUGUCGUAGGCGCUUUUAUUUUAGGCCUACCUAACGCUAUCUUCAUGUGGGAUGGCCUAAAGGCGGCUACGCUAGGAAUAGGGAUCACACAGAUCGCUGUUACUGUAGCAGCCGGCGCCGUGUACUGGUACUGGGACGAGAGUGUGCGACGGCUUGACGGACGCGUCAUGGGACUCAUCGAUCUGUCCAUCUUGAAGAAAACGGCGAGCUUUUUCGAGACCGAUUAAGGAUUUGCCAUACCAAAAUACAUAAAAACAGGAACGCUUUAGGAAUCUCGAGUAGGUUCAAGAUAUCCAUGGCAUUCUUUUGCUCUAGCGACGAGGCUAUGAUGGAUGUUAUGAGACUCGGAACUUGAUAUAAGUCUAUAAUGGAUAAUG